AUGCCUAAAUCGCCAUUACUGCUUGUGCAGGUCAGUCAGCUGGGCAAUUUGCACGCUUAUCGUAGCGAUGAUAGGUUUCUGUUGAUCCUGCCGUGCCCUGAAAAUUGUUUUGCUAUUUUGUCUGAUUGCUGGUCGAUGCUCAUGUUAUUGCUUGUGUCAGGUGACAUAGAACAGAACCCUGGGCCCAAGGCUAAUGAAAUGUUGCAGGUCAUUAUCGAUAGACUGGAAGAAAGCGACCGCAAGAUGGACCGCAUAAGAGAGGAAAUUGCUGCUGUUAAAGCUAAAUCUGAUAAAUUACAAGAAAUUUUGACAAUGUUCGAGGAAAUGAGCAACAAAAUAAAUAAAUUGGAAUCGGUUGUCCAACAGCAAGCAUUGAAGUUAAUUGACUACGAAAACAGAAGUAGGCGCAACAAUCUCCUAGUAUUUGGAAUCAAUGAAAGUGCUAAUGAAACAGAAACCAAACUCAGAGAACAGAUCCUAGACGGUAUUUUUGACAAUACUUUGGGGGUCCCCAUCAGGACAGUAGAGAGAAUUCAUCGUAUUGGAAAAGCCAAACCGGAUACACCAAGACCAAUUAUUAUGAAGUUCCUUGAUUCCAGAGAAAAGGACAGUGUUCUAAAGAACUGUUUUAAACUGAAGGGCACUAAUGUUCGGGUUAGCCAAGACUAUGCUAAAGAAACAGCGGAAAUAAGAAGAAAGCUUUGGGAAAGUGCAGCAUCGGAUCGGUCAAAAGGCACGAAAGUCAAGCUUAUCUACGAUAAACUUAAAAUAAAAGAGAAAAUGUACACUUGGGACCUCACUAACGAUAAGCGCAUACCAUAUGAAUAUAAAGAAAGUAAAUUCGGUAAAGAAACGCAAAAAAAGUUUGAAGUGGCAGGCUGCCCACCUGACCCAGACGAUUCAACAAGUUCGAUGGUGACGCCCGGCUCGUCACUUACGUCAUAA